UCCUUCUUACGUCAUCACCCGGCACAACAACAACAUUACACUCGUGGGUGGGUGAAGGCCGUAAUAUCUCACCACAAUGGACUCUAUGAGAUCCGAGGGACUCUCUUCCUCUCAGCGGGAGGACCUGAUGGACCAAGUGAAGCAGCAGAUAGUCAUUGCCAACACACAGGAGCUGCUCACGAAAAUGGGAGAGAAAUGCUUUUCUAAGUGUAUCACCAAGCCAGGAUCUUCCCUUGACAGCUCAGAGCAGAAAUGUCUGGCAAUGUGCAUGGACCGCUACAUGGACUGUUGGAACCUUGUCUCACGAACUUACACAUCCAGACUGCAGCGUGAGAAGAAUUUCCAAUAAUCCCAAGCCCCUACUGCCCCACCCACCCUUUGUUGCUGACAUGUAUGAGUAAUAAACUGUACAUACAUGAUGCCCAUCUACUGCAACCAACAGUGUGAAUGAGAUAAGUUCAGUAAUGUAUAUUUGAAGUGAAAGGACCAUAUUGGCUUCACAUCAGCAGUUGUCAGUCCAGCAUGCACACUUUCAAGGAAUUGCCAAGAAUGUCUCUGUCAUGUUCUAACAUCAUUUGCAUCACUUUUUCCAGAGAAUAAAGAUAUAUUUUAAUGUAAUGAGACCCAUUGCUAAUUCUUUUUGCAUUAAUAAUUUUGCUUCUGUAUCGACUCAGGUGUACAUGUAUAUGUAUACUGUCACACAAAAAAGACAUAGCCAUAUAUAAAAUCUUUUACUGCUGUUUUUAACUUAGAAGCUGAUAGGAAAUGCUUUAAAAGUAGACACAAAUUAGUAGUAAUAAAAGAUGACUGUUGCUCUACAUUGCUUCAUUUAUCAGGAAUGCUAUAACCACCAUCUGUGUUUCUCAUGUCCAAAAAAUGCACUCCUGUCCCCACACCAGUGAUGUAUAUCUUGUAUGGAAAUCAUUAGUGCACUUUAAAAAAUUCACAUUAUAUUAAAUUUUCAUUUAGUGGUGAGCAUAUCUCUAUGGAAAAUUGAUUUAUUUUAGGUUAUUUUAAGUAUUGACCAGGGAAAAAUUGAUGUGAUAUGAUAUGAAGAUGCAUAACUAAGGAAUAGCUGAUGUCACUACCUCCUGUAGCAUCUUGUGUCAGUACAUGUCAGCCAUGGUGACUGAUGAUGCCAAGGCCUCAUGGCAAAACCUGGAAUGUGUGUGUGUGUGUGUGUGUGUGUGUGUGUGUGUGUGUGUGUGUGUGUGUGAGAGAUCGGAUGUCUUGCUGACUUGAAAUCAUUCUAGUUGAAGUUAGUGAUAUAUCCUACAGGUUUUAUAUAAAGACCUGGUGAGCAUAUUUUAUCAUCUUGCAUCUAACAUCCUGCAAAUAUUGUGUGUAUUGGUGUACAUAAGAUCUGUAUGAAGCAUGGUGGUGAUGGUCUAAGAAUUGAGGAGAGUAUCAUUUACGAAUUAACUGCACCUAAACUUUUACAUGACUUGCAUGUAAAAUCAAUAGAAAAUCAUGCAGUGUUCUUGCUGAUCCAGUGAAUGAGGGUACUGGCAAUGAAUUGCCUUGGUCUUAACAUUUACUCAGCAAAGACUGUUAAGUAAUAUGGAAUAGUUUAUGUUGAACAUAUUAUGUAAACAAAUGUUUUGUAAAUAAAUCCUUAACUAUU